AAGUGUAAGGAGUGUGUUGCGAUAAUAUCCGAGGGUUAUAACCUCAAAGCGACCACAAUAUCACCAAACUUAACCUUAUGUACCCUAAUUAACUUUGCACGAUCAAACCUAUUGAAAGUUGUAUUAUCGUCGCUUUUUAAAAUCGCAUAAAAUAGUUGUAGAUGACUUACUUUUAAAUUGUACCGAUGAAUCACGACCCUUGUGUUAUCUGUUUCAAACAUUGUUCUUCAACUGCUAUAUUUUGUAAACAAGUACCAGCAAUCUGUCCCGUAUGUAAUGCUACUAUAUUUGAAUACUUAUUGGAACCGUUCCGUCUACCGAAUCCCUUUGCCAACGCCAGGGAAUAUCCAGUGACGGUUGUACUAAGACCAUCACUAGGCGAUUUCUUGAACGAUUACACGAUCACUGAUGAUUUGCAUAUUGGUGUGGUAGAUUCUAAAGGGAAUAUAUUCGAGUAUGAUAAACCUGGAGUGAUAAAGAACGACUUUUCUAACUGGCUAAGCUGUUUGGCGUUCGACAUUGUACCUGAUUCCUGGACGGAUCAUUGGGACACAACAAUACAAAAAAUAUCAAAUGACGAAAAAUGGUCUUGCCAAGAUUAUAACCAAGAUUCUUUCAACUGCUUCAAUUUUGUCCUUGAAUUUUUAACUCAAUUGAAGUAUAGUGGUGCGUUAUUUGCUAGUAAGGAAGAAUUUUGUGAACGCUUUGUUAUUCCUAAAAUUCAGGAUGCUAUGAAGUUUGUCACCCUUUACAGACAGCUCAAAUAUGUGGAUCAUUUUUGCUGA